CCGGGGACACAGCACUUGAGAAGUUAGAAGGAAUCAAGGCACGAUCAAGCGAAUCCGAGCAACGUCAUUUAUUACACCCCAACACGCGACAUGACCCAUCCGCCACGGGCAUCGGGCAUCGUGCCCGCCCAGCUCGGCUUCCUAGCCAUCUACAGUCCCGGCCUGGGCACGACAGACGAGACGAUCGACGACCAGAUCGUCUACUAUGGCUCGGCCAGUACCCAGUCAAGCCCAAGGCGGCGGCGCCAGCGUGCCAGUACCGCCGGCGACGGCCGUCCGAUAGAGAGCGUCUCCAAGGAGGAGCGCAACGAGCGGCUCCGGCAGAUUGGCCUUGCCCAGGGAAUGGUCGAGUUUGCCAGGAGCUUUUCCGGCGGCCAGCCCGUCGACGCCAUCGACACGGAGCGCAGCCGCGUGGUGCUGCAUGAGCUGGAGCCGGGGUGGUGGAUUCUCGCCUCCAUCGACCUGACCCGUCUCCCGCUACCGACAAGCAAGACAGCCGCAGUAAAUCCCCUAGGCCCCGGUCCUUCUUCACCUCCUCCCAAAGAAACCCCGCCCUCCUCCUCCCAACAACAACAGAAGUUCGAGUACUCCUCCCGCGAGCUCAAACCGCCCCUCCUACUCCUGCAGGACCUCCUCCGCGCGCAUACGCUAUUCCUGCUCCACCACGGCCACCCCUCCCUCGCAGCGCUCUAUGCCACCGGCCCUUCUUCUUCUUCUUCUUCGCGCUCCCAGUUCACCGCGCUGCUGGCGCGGUACUGGGACCGGUUCCUGCCAACGUGGAACGUGCUUCUGCACGGCGGCAACCCUGCCUGCGCCGUCAUGGGCGGCAUCAAGAUUGCGGCGAGCGGCGAGCUGGGGAUCGGUGUCGGGGAAGAGGAACGCGGCAGCGGGGAACGCGAGGUUCUGGAGGGGCUUGUGGGCAGCGUGGAGGGGUUGGUGGACUUGGUGGUUGGUCGGUUUGGGUGGUGGUCUCCAGUGGUCAAGAAGCUGGCUGGGCCUGGGGUUGGACAUGGUAAGGUGGGGAGGAGAGGUGGGAAGCAGGAAGAGAGGAAAGGGGAGGAGGAGGAGGAAGUUAGCGUUGUUGAGCGGUGGCUUGGUGUGGGGGAGGAGGUUGGCGCGGAGGAUGGUGCCGUGUUCUUGGGCGUUGGGGCGCUCUCGAGGCGGUCCCUUCGUGCAGUCACCUGUUGGAUGGAGGAUAUCUAUACGUGGGGUGAGAAUGCGUAUGGUGUGGCUAAUGGCGCCGCGGGGAGUGGAUCGCGGGCGAAGAGGCGGAGGGCGGAGGGCAAGAAGACGAUGGGUGCUGAUCAGACGCCCCCCACCACGGAUGACAAUGCUGGGCAGACGAGAGGGAAAUCCAAAUCGCCCGGGCCGCCAACGUUGGGAGACGCCCAGCCGGGUCCUGCCACUCCCGGAGAUGCUACAGCAGAGAACGGGGAAGCAGGCGGCGGGAUGGACAAAAUGCUCAGCUACCUCAAGCUGGGUUACGGCACCUACUGGUCCCUGGGCAUGUCCGGCGCCGCGACGAACUCAGACACGGAGGAUGGAUCGGCAAAGCCCACUGACGCUGCUGAAGGAAACAAUACCUCACGGCGGUCUGCAAAACAGGACCGCAAUACAGGGCGCUUUCUCAUGGGGCUGGCCGAACAGAACCACGCACCGGAGCAGCAAGACACACCAAGCCAGACAAACACGGCGACGCAACCAACGGUCUCGGUCGAGCUCGAAGCCGGAGUCGAUCAGUCUCCACAGCCUGGAUCAGAUACUCCCGGGACAGCUGCUACAGACGCCGGCAACCGAGACCGCAAGAAACCAAACACAGCCGAACUCUGCCCCGUCAUCUACAUCCACAGACCCUUCAUCUACAUCCUCCUCUUCCAACCCACCAUCUCACAACCAUGGAGCGAGCUCUCCCAGUCCCUCGAUGUGCAGCUUUCCCGUCUCCACAAACCGCUCCUCACAUCCACCGCCUACCGACCGGAAAAGCCCAUUCCCGGCGGAGGAGGAGGAGGAGGAGGAACCGCGCAAAGCGACGAGAUCUACGACCUAGUCUUCGACCCGCACACACUAGCCAUCCACUCCACAAUCCCCAACAUCCCCGACCCGGCGGACUUACCCCUUGCACCACCACCAAUCUCCCGCCCCCCGCCGCCUCCUCCCCCUUGGACACGCGCCGAAGCGCUCAGCACGCACAACCAGAUCCUGAACAUGUACGCGGGCACGCGCCGGGACCUGUCCGUGGCGGAGCGGACGUGCAAGACCAGCCGCGGGUGGUGGGUCGUUUGGAAUCGCAGUAGGAGCGGCGAAGGGCCAAAUGAUGGCGAUGGUGAUGAUGAUCGUGUUGGUGAUGAUGUGCUACGGGCAGCGGCUGAGCCCGAGGGCACCGCCACCUCCACCUCCACAUCCCGGUCGGGAUCAUCUGGGGUUGCUGGGUCUGGGUCUGGUGGUGAUUCCGAGAAGGAAGGUGGUGUUGGUGCUGGUGCGAAAGAGAUAUUCCUUGUUCGCAGGGCAAGCGAUCACGCCGGCGGUGGUGGUGUCAGGGGCGUGAGCACCUCGUAUAUUGGUGGAAGUGGUGGUGGUGCUGCUGCUGCUGGUGGUACUGGCGGGUGGGCUGAUGGGGCGAGCAGGCUGGCGCAGGGGAUCGGCGUGGAUACGAGGAGGUAUAUCGAGGGGUUGCUGAGUCUCAACCGGUGAUGAAGUACACGUGUAAGUGCAACGGGGAGGUCUCAAUCUGCGAAGGUAGGUAGCUACGGUACAUAGAACGCAUACGCACAUUUACAAUACUAGUAGUAGUAAACCCUGCGGAGGGCUGGAGGUGAGUGUAUUUGUAGUUGUACAUAGGUACAGUAACAGUACCUUCUAGUGGUGUUUUUGACGGCGCUGCUCAAUGGAGUCGUUCUUUAAUGUGAUACACGGCCGAUACGGGGUCUUAGUGAUGUCCAAGACACACGACUGCAUGGUGCCUGCUCUGUGAAAUUAGUCGUAUUUUCCUCACUACUCCUCCCCAAUGAGCGAAGGCCGCGCGGCAAUAAUGGA